UAACAACUGUUCUGCUCUAUCGCGAGUAGUAAAUGGAUUUUCUUCAAAUAUUUUGUAAAAUCUGAAAUUUGAUACAAAAGAAAUAAUGUAAAACAGUAAGUAUUAACAUGACCAAUCCCUUAGUUCGUAGAUUUCGAAUCGUCGCGGUAAAUAUGCAUCAUCAACCUUGAAGAGAAUAGUGGUGGGGACACUAUGGUACAUUUAUUGUAACUAGAUUGUAAAGUUGAUGAUUGUAAAGUUGAAACUUGUAAAGUCUCAUAUCAGUCAACGCAAAAUAGACAACAUUAUCUGACAUAUGAAACUUAAUUGUUACCAUUAAAACAAAGUUCAAAAUAAUAUUUUAUACGAUAUAAAAAUAUCAUUUUAACGAUACUGUAACUGAAAAUGAUUUAUUAAAAAAAAUGUUGCAAUAAAACGUAUUUUUUAUAUACACAAAAUAAUGUUUGCAAAAGGAAAGAUUGAUUCUGAAUUAGAAAAACUGAGGGAAGAGAUUGAUGGCCCACCAAAUUUAGAUACUGUGAUACUAAACAUUCAAAGAGCUACAGUACGAAUCCAUGCCUCUUAUUUAUUUGAAAACAUUGGCAAACCCACAUUGAAGGAAUUAUGUUUAUUAUUAAGUUCUACUGCCACUGGAAAAAUAUAUGGUGGGUGGAAAGAAUUUGCAACGCACAUGGGUUUAACUAUAGAUCAAAUACAUUGUAUAGAUUAUAAUUUCAAAGGCAUGGAAGAUCCAACUUAUUAUGUGUUAUUAACUUAUGCACAACAUACUGAAGCAACUAUUGACAAAAUUUUUUGUGUAUUGCAAAAAAUGGAUAGACUUGAUAUAAUUAACAUAAUAAGAGAUAGUAUUUUUAAUCUUAUUGAUGCAAUUCCACAGACUAUUUCAACCAAUGAAUCUACCAUUGCACGGACAAAUAAUAUCCCAAGAGUACCAUUAGUUUUAACUCCAACAGAAGCUGUACAAACUGUACAAAAGAAAAGGGUUGAUUCUGAACAUACAAUACAAGAUAAUGUACAAAAGAAGAAACAAUUUAACCGUAAAGUCAUGCUAACAUUUGCUGGUGAUGGUACGACAACUGCUCAAAGCAUAGCAAAGGUAUUUAGGUCCGAAAAAUAUAGGAUUGGAACAGUUAUGCUUCAAGAAUUAGAAUAUUAUGUGCACAGUAUGGCAGAACAAUUUGUAGAUGAUUGUUUUCAACAGGUUGACUUUAUUAUACCAAUAUUAACAGAAGAAUAUAUAGAAAGAAUAAAAAAUUCUAAGAAAAUAUACAUGGAAGAUCAGCAUAAACUCGACGCUAAAUAUAUAAAAUACAUAUACUCUUUAUCAAGAUAUGAGUAUAUAAAUAAUCGAUGUUUCAAUUAUCGUGUGAGGUGUAUAGUUCCUGACAAUGAAGUUCAGACAGUCUUAAAUGGAGAUUUGCAUCCAAUUUUACAAGUAUGGUAUAGAGAAAGUGAUAUUGAAACAUUUGUUGAAAAUAUCUUACUGUGCAAAUACUCAAGAUAACCAUUCAUUGAUAAAAAUAAACACAAUAAAUAAAAUAAUAAAAACGAUAGUAUUACAUUCA